CCACAUUCCAGAAGUUUACUUUACUCUAUCUCUAAAAGUACUAGUAUAAAACUCGUACUCUCUUACUCGCCUCAUCUCUGCUUCUAGGGUUUCAGUGUUUUUCUAUCCUCUUCGUUUCCACAGUCACAACAUCACAAACCAAACCACACAAAGAUGAGUCGACAUCCCGAGGUGAAGUGGGCUCAGAGGCUGGACAAGGUUUUUAUCACAAUUCUAUUGCCAGAUGCCAUAAAUGCAAAGGUUAAUCUCGAGCCUGAUGGAGGUUUUACAUUCACUGCUAGUGCUGGAGCAGAGAACCACCUUUACGAACUGAAGUUGGACCUUUUUGACAAAGUUAUUGUCGAGGAAAGCAAAAUAAAUGUGGGUGUGAGGAGUAUAUUUUGUGUUUUGGAGAAAGCGGAGAUGAAAUGGUGGAAGAAACUACUGCGGGGAGAUGACAAGCUACCACACUAUGUGAAAGUAGAUUGGGACAAAUGGGUGGAUGAAGAUGAUGAUACUAGUUCUACUCCUAAUGACCUUGAUUUGGGAGGGAUGGAUUUCUCGAAAUUUGGGGACAUGGGAGGCAUGGGCGGCAUGGGAGGCAUGGGAGGCAUGGAAGGCAUGAUGGGCGGCAUGGGAGGCAUGGGCGGCAUGGGAGGCAUGGGAGGCAUGGGCGGCUUGGAAGGCAUGAUGGGCGGCAUGGGAGGCAUGGACGACCUUGAUGAUAGUGAUGAAGAUGAAGAAAUGUCAAAGCCAGAAGAGAAAAACGUCGAGAAAGCAAAAGGGAAAGCAACGCCAGGGGAACAUGUGGCCAGUAAGGUGGAAGGAGCUACAGAGGGGAAAGUUGAAGCUGCACCAAGCACAUGAACUGUCUUAGUUGAGGGUGUUGAUGGAUACCUUUAGCGCUGUGUUAGUGGGUAAAUUUCUUCUCCAUACGACUUGAAAAGCAUGCCUUUUCCAAACUAAGUGAGUGUUAAUUUGGCCCGAAGUUUCAUGUUUACAAAUAUUGGCUUCUGUCGUUGGAGACACAGCAACUGUUAUUCCAUAUAUUGACUUGGAUUUGGUGGUUGUAUUUUAUUUGAGGGUUUGGUGGAUGAUAUUCCAAUAGUAGGUGGCAUCUGGAUUCACUUAAUGAUUUCUUUUGCCUGCAGGAGUUUGAUGUUUUUCUUUUCUCGUUUGGUUUUUUAGUAGCCAUACUACUACUACUGGAAAAUUUGAACGAAAAUUUGAAA